GGUGUUGUGGUGGAUGGCGGCGGAAACAGAAACACCUCUAACCUGCCGCUAUCCCUUUCCUCUAUGUCACUCACCAUGAUGGACUCGAGAGUGGUGUUGGCGGCCUUCACCUCCACUCUCCUCCUAUACGCGUGUGUGGGGGGCGUGACGGUGCUGAGGUUCCAGGAGGACGGGGUCGCCACUAACGACUCCAUAGCAGUGUACAAGGGCGACCUCAGCAGGACCCGCCACCUCUACUCCUUCACCUUCUGCAUGAGGUUUAAGGUUUUCUUUCUGCAUCAGCGUGGCACAAUCUUCUUCCUCUACGACAGCGUGCAAGGACGAUACUGGAUGCUGAGAGGAGAGGUGUGGGUGGACAAGGUGAGGGUAGCCAUCUCGCACACCUGGCACUUCAUGCCCCUCGACCAGCAGCUAUGGGCCUUCAGGUGGUAUCACCUCUGCUUCACCCACAACCACGAAACUUACUUGAUCCAGACCUUCCUGGAUGGGGUGAUGGUGAGGAACAGUUCCUACAACGUCAACCGACCAGCAUUUGGCGACUAUGCUGCAGUGGGUAAUGGCCAAGCCACCGAGGAGAGCUACAGUGGAGACAUUACCCAGGUCAAUGUGUGGGACAGGAUAAUGAGCGAUGAAGAGAUCCGGAAAAUGGCUCACUGUCAAAUUGACCCCAAAGGAAACUUCAUCUCGUGGGAGGGAGGAUGGACUCUAAACAAUGUAUCUUCGUAUGAAAUGUCUCUUUCUGAAAUCUGCGAGCAGGAGGUAGGUAAUAUUUACUUCUGGUUUCCAGAAGUCACGGACGACACGGCCCAAUACAUUUGUGAGGCGCUGGGCACUCAUCUGCCACACAUCACCAGCCUCCAAGAUGCCGAGUAUCUGUACCAACUGUCGGAGACAAUGUGGCCUGAGACUGACCAUUGUCCAGUAUAUAUCUGGAGUCCACUAAAUGACAAGAAGGAAGAAAAUGUUUGGGUGGCUUCUUAUGACAAGAAUUAUAUCGAUAAUACAACUUACUGGUCACCAGAUGAACCAAAUGGUUACAGAUAUGAAAACUGCGCUGCGGUACGACGAGAUGGGCUGAUUGAUGAUGACUGCGCCUGGUACAGGUGCGCAUUAUGCACAUUUACGCAGCCUCAGAGAUUUUCCUUUCUCGGAACAUGUGAACCAGAAUUGCGUAACGUAUACUUUGUUGCGUACCAGGAGGAAUAUGGUGGACUGAUUUUCAGGAGUUAUGGCUCAUACCACAUUAAGAAAGAGAAUGGGACAUGGAUCUAUGUGGACACCGUACAAGGCUACAAUAUCGCCAGGAUGGAAGCCUUUGAUCCCGAGUUUCCAAUGGGACGUAGGUGGUGGCAGUUGGAGCGAGAGGUGUGCGGCCAAGUCAGUGGUGGUCGACGUCGUAUGCUCCUCACACCUUGCCUAUACCAGCAUUAUACAUGUGAUGACGGCACCUGCAUCCCACACCACUACCGCUGUGACCUGAAAUACGACUGUCGAGAUCAAAGCGACGAAUUGGAUUGUGAACUUAUCUUAUUUCCUAAAGACUACCAUCAACACCUGCCUCCGAGGGUGCCGGGAAAGGAGGACUCCAAGCUGCCGGUUGUGAUAAAGGUUAUCGUCAAGUCCAUAGAUGUUCAGACUGUGGAGAUGGCCAUGAAAUUAUCUUAUGAAAUAGAGAUGAGUUGGUAUGAUAACAGACUUCAAUAUUAUAAUUUAAAGUCGAAUGAUAGUCUCAACAGCCCGCGUCUUGACACUAUGAUGAAGCUGUGGUCACCACUGGUGAAGCUCCUCAAUACAGACACCAUCGAUCAGUCACUGUUGGCCUUUGACGCCACCACACUUGUCAAGAGGCUGACCAAACCCUUGUGGAGGGACGAAGGCGCUGCUGGCGAAGUGGACAUAUACUCGGGAGAGGAGAACCCCUUAUCGGUGAGCAGGAAGUACAGUACAAAGUACGCCUGCCAGUUUGACCUCACACUCUACCCUUUUGACAGCCAGCAUUGUGACAUUCACCUCCAGAUUGUGUCUGGCCAAGUGUCCUUCCUCGACGUCCACCCGGACUCUGUUGUUGUGUACUUGGGGAGUCAAGUGCUGAACGAAUACAAGAUCGGGGAUGUGAAAGUUCUGUUGGAGAAGGAAUACAUGCCAGGUGAGGCUCGGGUUCGUGUGCCAAUGACGCGGCUGUACGGGAACUCCAUCCUUACUAUCUACAUCCCGUCCCUCAUCCUCAUGAUCAUUAGUUACCUCACCCUCUUCUUCAGAACCUCCAUCUUUGACGUGCGUGUGAUGGUCGCCCUCACCGCUCUUCUUGUUCUAGCAACACUCUUCGCCCAGGCAUCUUCUUCACUCCCCAAGACGUCAUACUUCAAGAUGGUGGACAUCUGGUUGUUAUUCUGCGUGGGAAUCACUUUCCUGGUCAUCAUAUUUCAUAUACUGAUCGACAAUCGGCUCUUCAGCCAGGCCAAGAAGACCCAGGUGAAGCCUUUUGGAAAGUCGGAUUCAUUUGUCGAUGACGAAUCCGUGGGUCUGCGGGGACGCUUUCGCUGGUCACCCAAUAUAUCGGUGGAACAAAUGGUGUUACUGGCUAAGGCUUCUGUGUUCCUCCUCAUCAUUUGUUUCAUCAUUGGAUAUCUCGUGUACAUAGUACGUUUGUGUGUUGAGGGCGUGACGGUGAUGAGGUUCCAGGAAGACGGACAAGAGACAAUGGAGACGAGAGCUGUGUACGCUGGCGACCAUGGGAGAUCCGACCACCUUUACUCCUUUACCUUCUGCGUCAGAUUCAAGAUAUUCUUCCUUCACCAGCGGGGCACACUCUUCUUCAUGUACGACAGUGUUGAUCGCCGGUACUGGAUGAUGAGAGGAGAGGUGUGGGUGGACAAGGUGAGGAUCUCCAUCUCUCACACCUGGCACUUCGUCCCUCUUGACCAGCAGCUCUGGACCCACAGGUGGUACCAUCUUUGCUUUACCCAUAACCACCUAACCUACGUGAUCAGGGCCUUCCUGAACGGGCAAAUGGUGAGGAACACUACCUACAAUGUCAACCGACCAGCCUUUGGCGACAAUGUGGUACUCGGCAACGGGCGGGCCUCCGAGGAGAGCUACAGUGGAGACAUAUCCCAGGUUAAUAUCUGGGACCGGGUAUUGAGUGACGAGGACAUCCAGAAGAUGGCUCACUGUCAGAUUGAUCCUACGGGAAACUUCAUCUCGUGGGAGGAAGGUUGGGAUCUCCAAAACAUCUCUACUUAUGACAUGCCUCUGGGUCAGUUUUGUGAGCAGGAAGAAGGAAAUAUCUACUUUUGGUUCCCAGAUGUCACGGACCCCACGGCCCAAUACCUAUGUGAAGCAUUGGGCACUCAUCUGCCGCACGUCACCAGCCUGCAGGAAGCCCAGUUCUUGUACCAACUGUCGGAGACAAUGUGGCCUGAAACUGACCAUUGUCCAGUGUAUAUCUGGAGUCCACUUAACGACAAGAAGGAAGAAAAUGUUUGGGUGGCUUCUUAUGACAGUAAAUUAGUCGAUAAUACCUCUUACUGGUCACCAGAUGAACCUAAUGGUUACCGAUAUGAAAACUGCGCUGCAGUGCGAAAAGACGGGCUGAUUGAUGAUGACUGCGCCUGGUACAGGUGCGCAUUAUGCACCUUUACGCAGCCUCAGAGAUUUUCCUUUCUCGGAACAUGUGAACCAGAAUUGCGUAACGUAUACUUUGUUGCGUACCAGGAGGAAUAUGGUGGACUGAUUUUCAGGAGUUACGGAUCAUACCACAUUAAGAAAGAGAAUGGGACAUGGAUCUAUGUGGACACCGUACAAGGCUACAAUAUCGCCAGGAUGGAAGCCUUUGAUCCCGAGUUUCCAAUGGGACGUAGGUGGUGGCAGUUGGAGCGAGAGGUGUGCGGCCAAGUCACCGGUGGUCGACGUCGUAUGCUCCUCACACCUUGUCUCUACCAGCAUUAUACAUGUGAUGACGGCACCUGCAUCCCACACCACUACCGCUGUGACCUGAAAUACGACUGUCGAGAUCAAAGCGACGAAUUGGAUUGUGAACUUAUCUUAUUUCCUAAAGACUACCAUCAACACCUGCCUCCGAGGGUGCCGGGAAAGGAGGACUCCAAGCUGCCGGUUGUGAUAAAGGUUAUCGUCAAGUCCAUAGAUGUUCAGACUGUGGAGAUGGCCAUGAAAUUAUCUUAUGAAAUAGAGAUGAGUUGGUAUGAUAACAGACUUCAAUAUUAUAAUUUAAAGUCGAAUGAUAGUCUCAACAGCCCGCGUCUUGACACUAUGAUGAAGCUGUGGUCACCACUGGUGAAGCUCCUCAAUACAGACACCAUCGAUCAGUCACUGUUGGCCUUUGACGCCACCACACUUGUCAAGAGGCUGACCAAACCCUUGUGGAGGGACGAAGGCGCUGCUGGCGAAGUGGACAUAUACUCGGGAGAGGAGAACCCCUUAUCGGUGAGCAGGAAGUACAGUACAAAGUACGCCUGCCAGUUUGACCUCACACUCUACCCUUUUGACAGCCAGCAUUGUGACAUUCACCUCCAGAUUGUGUCUGGCCAAGUGUCCUUCCUCGACGUCCACCCGGACUCUGUUGUUGUGUACUUGGGGAGUCAAGUGCUGAACGAAUACAAGAUCGGGGAUGUGAAAGUUCUGUUGGAGAAGGAAUACAUGCCAGGUGAGGCUCGGGUUCGUGUGCCAAUGACGCGGCUGUACGGGAACUCCAUCCUUACUAUCUACAUCCCGUCCCUCAUCCUCAUGAUCAUUAGUUACCUCACCCUCUUCUUCAGAACCUCCAUCUUUGACGUGCGUGUGAUGGUCGCCCUCACCGCUCUUCUUGUUCUAGCAACACUCUUCGCCCAGGCAUCUUCUUCACUCCCCAAGACGUCAUACUUCAAGAUGGUGGACAUCUGGUUGUUAUUCUGCGUGGGCAUCACUUUCCUGGUCAUCAUAUUUCAUAUACUGAUCGACAAUCGGCUCUUCAGCCAGGCCAAGAAGACCCAGGUGAAGCCUUUUGGAAAGUCGGAUUCAUUUGUCGAUGACGAAUUCGUGGGUCUGCGGGGCCGCUGCCGCUGGUCACCCAGUUUGUCCGUAGAACAGCUGGAGAAGUUGGCCAAGGUGGCCGUGUUCCUCCUUAUCAUAUCUUUCAUCACUGGCUACCUCGUGUAUAUAAUGAAAUAAGUAUCCCUGUCAAGGCUCACUCAGUCUAGCGAUGAGUACAUCUCUUGUUUUAUCAUCAUUAACGUGGACAUAAAAUCCUAAACAGAAGAGUGUCAGAGUGUGACUUGAGAUCCCUCCGAGAUAGGACACAACAAUUCUAGGGUCCCGAGUGGAUGGCGUCACGGUAAUAUGAACCUUAUAUGAAAACAUUUUUUUCAUGAAAAUUUAAGAGCAUCACUGUUGUCACCACCGGCAACAUUCAAAAGCCUCGAUCCUUCGAAUUAUUCUAAACAAACACAAUUCUUAUAAUGUCGCCAUUUCAAUGUUCUAAGUUCUUAUGGCCGGGCACUUCGAUCUUUUUAUUUUCUUUGUAGUAGUGAGGUUACCCCAACUGUCUGUUCUGUUUGCUCCAAUUGAUUCUUAUUACAUAUUUACCUCGCCCAUAGAUAACAAUACAUAUUGGCACAUUCUUAGGUUUAUUUUAUGUGACCAGAGAGAAAGUAUUUAUAUAUGGGGAUGUUUUAUCUUAUUGCUUUAUAUGUUUAGUUAAUAUUUUUAUAGUAAAGAUAAUAUUCACAGAUGCAGCUGAAGCAACAUUCAUAGAAUAUUUCCCCCACACAUCCAAAGUUGUUGUUAACCUGUGAUGUGGAUUAUGGAAUAUUUUUGGAAUAAUUAUACACUUGUACAUGUAAUAGAAAUUAAUAAAGAUAAAUAAUAAAAUUACACCCCAGGUA